GUAUGGCCUCUUUUCGUAAAAUGGUGCCGGCUUCGGCACUUAUUCACGAAGGAGGAGAUGACGUGACGGAGAAGAAAUCGAGAAAUGAAUAUCGUAAAGAGAAGGAUCUUGAGGAGGAGCGUAAAGCAGGAACAGCACCGGCAAUGGUUGAUGUCAAAACAGGAAGAGAUAUCAAUCCGCACAUCCCGCAGUUCAUCUCACAAAAUCCUUGGUAUGUGCCUAGCGAAGGACCUACAUUGGAGCAUCAACGUCCUCAUGCUGAGCGACAGAAGCAUAUGGCUACUAUUGAUGAGUGGUACAAGAAAGGGACUACGGGGAAAGCUGCGACAAAGUUCAGAAAAGGCGCAUGUGAGAACUGCGGUGCAUUUGGUCACAAUAAACGCGACUGUUUCGAACGGCCUCGUAAAUUAGGGGCAGCUAAAACUGGUGAAGAUAUUGCUCCUGACGAUUACGUACAGCCAAAUCUUUUGCUUGAUUUCGACGCUAAGAGAGAUCGUUGGAAUGGAUUUGAUCCAAGCACACAUGAGCAGGUGCGGUUUUUAACGAGCAUGAAAGCUCUUCAGGAAAUAGCACUGGUUAUCAAAGAAUUCGAGCAUUUAGAGGAGGCAAGAAAAGCAAUUCGUGCUGAGCAGAUCCAAGCCGGCCUUCUAGACCCUGGAAAAGGUGUGGAAACUGAUGACGACAAAUACGCCGAAGAUGCUGAUAUGGCU